AAAAAAUAUUAUUUUAUGAUAUUUUUCAUAAAAUCAUCGUGAUAUCAACAACAAUCGUAUUUCAAAUGUUUGCUAUACUAGAUAUAUAUAUGACGAGCAUCGUGCCAAAUUUCAAUCCAUUAGCGUUCAAAUUGACAAAUUAUGGAAUACCAAUUUUCGUUAAAAAAUCCAUUAAAACAUGUAACUCAACAAGUAAAAUGACGUCGUUGCGUGUAUUAAAACCGACGUAAAAAUACAAAGAAAAUAACAUAAUAAUGUGUUCAUAGUGAUUAUUUGAAUUUAUAAUAUAGUACAGUAAUUGUUUACGCAUAACAUGGCAACUGCACCAAUAACAGAUAACUCUCCGAAAUCCUUAUUAAAAGCCGUGGAAGGUAAUAACGACGAAAAAUUAGAAAAGAAAUUAACUAUUCUCGAAUCGCAUGGAUACACUCUUGGUAAAACAAUAGGUACCGGUUCCUAUGCCACUGUAAAAAUUGCCAAAUCUAAUCGGCAUGAUUGCCAUGUAGCAGUAAAAAUUGUUUCAAAGUUUCAAGCACCCGGCGAUUAUUUAAAAAAAUUUUUGCCUCGUGAGAUAGAAGUUGUUAAAGGUUUAAAACACCCAAAUCUAAUUCGUUUCCUUCAAGCAAUCGAAACAACUCACCGCGUUUAUAUAAUUAUGGAAUAUGCUCAAUGCGGUAGUUUAUUGGAUAUGAUAAGGCGUGAUACAUUUAUCGACGAAUUCCGUAGCCGUCGAUGGUUUCGGCAAUUAUUAGAAGCUAUCGAUUAUUGUCAUGGACGUGGCGUUGUACAUAGAGACAUCAAAUGCGAAAAUCUUUUAAUGGAUCAGAACUUCAAUAUCAAAUUAUCCGAUUUUGGAUUCGCACGUGGACAAAUGAAAUCGAAGAACGGUAUAGCUCCGUUAAGUGAAACUUUCUGCGGUAGCUAUGCUUAUGCUUCACCAGAAAUAUUAAAGGGUGUUCCAUAUUUACCUCAAUUGUCUGAUGUAUGGUCCAUGGGAGUAGUACUCUAUGCAAUGGUUUAUGGUCGACUACCAUUUGAUGAUACAAAUUACAGCCAACUUCUAAAGCAAGUACAAAAUAAAGUUAUAUUUCCUAAAGAACCAAACGUGUCUCAAGCUUGUCGUUCACUUAUCUCACGAAUACUUGUAUCGCAACGAAUACGAUUGGAUAUUGAUCACAUAAGAAAUGAUGUUUGGCUUGCUACGUCUCUUGUUACCGCCCAGACCUCUACUAGCGACAUUUUAACAGAUAUUCCUAUAGUACCGAAUAUAAAGAAAAUAGCAAGUGAAAAGAACAAAGGAACAAAAAGGCAUGCAACUGGUAUUAGAGCGUCAGUUACCGACGUUCGGUCAUCUAAUUUCAGCAUUUCAGAUGAAAGCAGCAAUCGAUACCGCUAUUUGAAAUAA